UUUAUUAUUGGCUUUAGGGCAUUUCACCUUGCCAACUCUACUUAUCGUCACCGACUUAUCGGAUGGUUGGCAAGGAAAAAGUGCAUAACACUUUGGGAGAAUUACUUCACACUAGACCGCUCCCUACUGGCUGUUUGAAAGUAUCGGUUGACAUUGCUUUAGAGAAGGAUGCAUUAUUACCGCAUCCUGACGAUGUUUCGGAUGUCACAUUGGUGGGAGAUGCAAUAGGUUCGUUUGUUGCAUGGCCGUCAAGCCUAAUUAGUGUAGAUGAUGAGACUCCAACAAAAUCCAAAGCAAAAGACAAGGAGCCUCCGCGGAAAAUCGAGUCAGUUGCAUCAAUAAAAGAGAUGCAUGCUAAAGAGAUUGAAGAUGUCAGUAAGGGUAAGAAGCCUGAAAAGGUUGUUGCUAAGAAGACCGCAGCUAAGAAAAAACCUACUCCCAAUAAGUUUAGGUCAUGCCUUUUCACAUUUUUACAACUCUCUGAUAUUCCGCAAGGAAACGCCCGUCUUGUACCUAUGGAGGAAGAUGUGUUUGGUAUUGAGCAUCAAGAAACAGUUGGUAUGGAGGAUUUUGAACAAAUUUUUGAACAUACGCAAUUAGGCCUCGGUGUUAUUGAUACAUACAUAAGGUUUUUGUAUGAAAAAUUGAUGCACCCGAGUGGAUUGAGGCAAAGAUUCGCUUUCUUAGCUCCCUUCAAUACCAACUUAGGGUUAAUCAUAUCUAAACCGGAUGAAGUCAUGGCGUAUGUACUCAACCAUUUUAUGGCCAACAUAAAUUAA